UUCGUACCCACGGGCACUCCGAUCCACACAUAUUGGCGCCAUUUUGGAGCUAGGAGGGGGAAGAGAGCUGCAGAGGAGGACACGAUCGAUCACAAUUCACCGUAACAGGCAGCGCAGAGCUAAAGAGAAUGGCUCACUCUAAAGCUCGAGUCACAGAUGGGAAGGUCACCUACCCCCCGGGGGUCAAGGAGAUCUCCGACAAAAUCUCCAAAGAGGAAAUGGUCCGCAGGCUCAAGAUGGUCGUGAAGACCUUCAUGGACAUGGACCAGGACUCCGAGGAAGAGAAGGAGCUGUACCUGAACCUGGCCCUCCACCUGGCCUCCGACUUUUUCCUCAAACACCCGGACAAAGAUGUCCGUCUACUGGUGGCUUGCUGUCUGGCGGACAUAUUCAGGAUUUACGCCCCAGAGGCGCCCUACACCUCCCCAGACAAACUCAAGGACAUUUUUAUGUUCAUCACAAGACAGCUCAAAGGACUGGAGGACACUAAAAGCGCUCAGUUCAACAGAUACUUCUAUCUGCUCGAGAACAUAGCGUGGGUGAAGUCCUACAAUAUUUGCUUUGAGCUUGAAGACAGCAAUGAGAUUUUCACCCAGCUUUACAGAACACUCUUCCAGGUCAUCAACAACGGCCACAACCAAAAGGUGCACAUGCAUAUGGUCGACCUGAUGAGCUCCAUCAUCUGUGAGGGAGACACUGUGUCGCAGGAGCUGCUGGACACUGUGUUGGUCAACCUGGUCCCUGCACACAAGAAUUUGAAUAAACAAGCGUACGACCUGGCCAAAGCGCUGCUGAAGAGAACCGCUCAGGCUAUUGAACCAUACAUCACCAACUUCUUCAACCAGGUGCUGAUGCUGGGGAAGACCUCGGUCAGCGAUCUGUCUGAACAUGUCUUCGACCUCAUCCUGGAGCUCUACAACAUCGACAGCCACCUGCUGCUCUCUGUGUUGCCGCAGCUGGAGUUUAAGCUCAAGAGUAAUGAUAAUGACGAGAGGUUGCAAGUGGUGAAGCUGCUGGCUAAGAUGUUUGGAGCAAAGGACUCUGAGUUGGCUGCACAGAACAAACCGCUCUGGCAGUGUUACCUCGGCAGGUUUAACGACAUCCACGUGCCCAUCAGGCUGGAGUGUGUGAAGUUCGCCAGUCACUGUCUAAUGAACCACCCGGACUUGGCCAAAGACCUCACAGAGUUCCUGAGGGUUAGAUCACAUGACCCAGAAGAAGCCAUCCGCCACGAUGUCAUCGUGUCUAUAGUAACUGCUGCCAAGAAAGACUUGUCUCUAGUAAAUGAUGCGUUGCUCAAUUUUGUAAAGGAGAGGACUUUGGACAAGCGAUGGCGUGUACGUAAGGAGGCCAUGAUGGGCUUGGCAUCGAUCUACAGGAAGUACUCUCUGCAGGGAGAAGGAGGGAGGGAGGCCUCCAAGCAGAUUUCCUGGAUCAAAGACAAGCUCCUUCAUAUCUACUACCAAAACAGCAUUGAUGACAGGUUGCUGGUGGAGCGGGUCUUUGCCCAGUACAUGGUUCCUCACAACCUGGAAACCACUGAGAGGAUGAAGUGUCUGUACUACCUGUACGCCACCCUGGACACAAAUGCUGUCAAAGCUUUGAAUGAGAUGUGGAAGUGCCAGAAUCUGCUGAGGCAUCAUGUCAAAGACCUGCUCGACUUGAUCAAGAAACCCAAGUCUGAUGCAUCAAGCAAGGCCGUAUUUGCCAAAGUCAUGGUGAUCACAAGAAACCUGCCAGACCCGGGAAAGGCCCAGGACUUUGUGAAGAAGCUGGCUCAGGUCCUGGAUGAUGACGAGCGGAUCAGAGAUCAGUUGGAAACCCUGGUCAGCCCCUCGUGUUCCUGCAAGCAGGCCGAAGUCUGUGUGCGAGACAUCACCAAAAAGCUCGGCAGCCCCAAACAGCCCAGCAAUCCAUUCCUGGAAAUGGUCAAGUUCCUUCUGGAGAGAAUUGCUCCCGUACAUAUCGACACAGAAUCCAUCAGCGCGUUGGUGAAACAGGUUAACAAAUCUAUAGACGGAACAGCUGAUGACGAGGAGGAGGGCGUCCCCACUGAAGAGGCCAUCAGAGCAGGACUGGAACUGCUAAAGGUGCUUUCGUUCACACACCCGGUGUCGUUCCACUCUGCAGAGACGUUUGAGUCUCUGCUUGGCUGCCUGAAGAUGGAUGACGAGAAGGUCGCGGAGGCUGCUCUGCAGAUCUUCAAGAACACGGGCAGCAAGAUGGAGGAGAGCUUUCCUCACAUCAAAUCCGUUUUGCUGCCUGUACUGCAGGCCAAAGCCAAGCGAGGGCCCCCCCGCCAGGCCAAGUACGCCAUCCACUGCAUCAACACCAUGUUCACCAACAGAGACACACACUUCGCCCAAAUCUUUGAGCCUCUGCACAAAGGCCUGGACCCUGCUAACCUUGAGCAGCUCAUCACUCCUCUGACCACUCUGGGUCAUCUGGCUCAGCUGGCCCCGGAACAGUUUGCUGCGCCGCUCAAAUCCCUCGUCGCCAACUUCAUUGUGAAGGAUCUGCUCAUGAAUGACCGGAUUCCGGGCAAGAAGACAACCAAACUUUGGGUUCCGGAUGAGGAAGUGUCCCCCGAGACUCUGGCUAAGAUCCAGGGAAUAAAGCUGAUGGUCCGGUGGUUACUGGGAGUGAAGAACAAUCAGAGCAAAUCAGGCAACUCCACGCUGAGGAUGCUGACUGCUAUUCUACACAGCGAUGGAGACCUAACGGAGCAGGGCAGGAUGGGAAAACCAGACAUGUCCCGGCUGCGGCUGGCGGCGGCGUGCGCCCUUCUGAAGCUGGCCCAGGAGCCCUGCUAUCACGAAAUCGUCACGCUGGAGCAAUACCAGCUGUGUGCGCUCGUCAUCAACGACGAGUGCUACCAAGUGCGACAAGGUUUUUCCCAGAAGCUCCACCGGGGGCUGUGCCGCCUCCGUCUGCCUCUGGAGUACAUGGCGGUGUUUGCUCUGUGCGCCAAGGACCCCGUGAAGGAGAGGAGGGCUCACGCACGCCAGUGCCUGGUGAAAAAUGUCAACAUACGCAGAGAGUACCUCAAACAGCACGCUGCCAUCAGUGACAAGCUGUUCUCUCUGCUGCCGGAGUACGUGGUGCCUUACACCAUCCACCUGCUGGCACAUGACCCCGACUACGUCAAAGUACAGGACAUCGAGCAGCUCAAAGAAAUCAAAGAGGCUCUGUGGUUCGUCCUGGAGAUUAUCAUGGCCAAGAAUGAGAACAACAGCCAUGCCUUUAUAAGGAAAAUGGUGGAAAAUAUCAAACAGACGAAAGACGCGCAGUCCCCCACUGAUGCCAAAACCAACGAGAAACUCUACACGGUGUGCGAUGUGGCCAUGCACAUUAUCAUGUCAAAGAGCACCACCUACAGCUUAGAGUCUCCAAAAGACCCCGUGCUGCCCACAUGCUUCUUCACCAAACCCGACAAGAACUUCAGCAACACAAAAAACUAUCUGCCAGCAGAGAUGAAGUCUUUCUUCACACCUGGAAAGCCCAAGUCGGCUAACGUUUUGGGUGCAGUGAACAAGCCGCUGUCGUCCGCGGGGAAACCAAUUCAGAGCAAAGCUUCGCGCAUGGAGACGGCCAGCAACGACGACCCGUCGUCCAACCCGGGCUCCCCGCAGCGCAGCAAGACCAGGCUUGACAGCACAGAAAUGGAUCACAGUGAAAACGAGGACAUCAGCCUAAAGCGAGCCGACACCACUGACAAGGACGUUGAAAAGCCCCGCGGUCGAAAACGAGCAGUGACCUCCGCUGACGACCAGGACAGCAAACCGAAGCGCGGCCGCAAGAAGGCGGCGGCCAACACGGCCGCUGUGGCCGAGUCCGAGGACCAGUGGGACGAGGACAACCGGCCGGAGGACGAGCAGAACAGCCCGCCCAAGAAGGCCCGGCGGGGCCGGCCCCCGAAGGCGGCCACGCCGGGCCAGGACACUCCGGCCAAGGGGAAGAGGGGCCGAAAGAAGGCCGCUCCUCCGCCAGAGGAGGAGGAGGAGGAGGGAGAUGAGGAAGAGGAGGAGGAGGAGGAAGAAGAGGAAGCAGAGGCGGCGGCGGCGGUGGAGGAGGAGGAAGAGGAGGACGGGAGCAGUGAAAACACUGAGUUGAAGACCAAGGGAGGCCGGCCAGCCAGAGCGCCGCGGCGAUCACAAGGCAGGGCGGAGCCGGCGGAGUCCACGCCGCAGAAGAGGAGGGGACGUCCGCCCAAAUCGGCCCAGCCCCCCGCCAAGAAUCCAGCGCGCGGUGGGCGAUCGAAGGCAGCUGCUGCUAAAGAGGACUCGGAGGAGGAAGAAGACGAAGACGAGGAGGAGGAGGAGCCAACACCGAAGGUACCGACGGGACGCAAGAAGCCAGCGGGGCGAAGAAGAUGAGCAGGAAGGUGGGGGAGGAGAAACGAGGACGGCGUGUUGUGGAGGAACGACGUAGAAAAGAAAAUACGGACAUUGAACUUUUUAAAAACUUUUCAUACGCCGACGCUCCUACUGUUACAUUCACACACCUGCAUCUGCCACGUGCACGCUGCAUCAGUGCAUCCUUAUCGUCCGCUGUGGGUCGUUGCAUUGUGUUGCGUUGUGAAGAUGUUCGCCACGUUCAGUCAAAAUAAUUUUAACAGGAAAAAAAAAAAAAAAAAAAAGCCCACUUGUAAAUAGUCUCUUAUGUCUGUUUCAUGUUCUGUUGUUGUUUGAUGCUGACGGGGGGGGGGUGCUGUAAAGCCUUUUACCCGCCAAUAUUAUUAUUAAAAUGCUUCCAUAAAGCAAUAUUGCUUAUCAAUCAUUCCCUCUGUGUCUCACCCUUUUUAAAAACAGAAAUAGAUCAACCAUCUUUUUUUGUGACAUUAAUUGUCAUUUUACUUUAAAACAUGCAUUUUUGUUGACAGAUCUGUAUAUUAAAAACUUUUUUACUUUGUAUUGGGGGGGGG